AGACCUUGGAUCAUGCUUAUCUAUUUUAUCGUGAUUUAUCUCAUUUUCAUCAUUAUUCAUUGUCUAUUGAAUGAUUCGACAAUCAACAGGUUUAAAGCCGGUUAACUGGUUAACAUCCGCCACCGCGAUCCAUAAACGAAUGACGUAAUUUUCGUGAUUGGUCUUGCUAAUUUUGUAGUCGCUAAAUAGUUUAUUUUGAACUUGUGAGUUGUUGUAAUAUUAUGUUAAGACUUAAAACUUGUUAUCUACAAAUUAACUAGGAUAAAUCAGUCGGAACUCGGAACUUAUAACGGUUUAAAUUAAUUUAAUUUGUAAUUAAAAAUAACUUAUAUUUCAAUGAUAAUUAUUAUACAUUACCUAAUUGUUAAUAAAUAAAAACUUUAAUAUCCGACAUCCGUGCCCGUGAAAUAAUAUAUUGAUUUAAAUAUAAAAAUAUGGAGAAAAAAACUCGUAGGAUGAAAAUGAAGACGGUGGAAAGUUUAGUUUGUUUGGUAAAAUCAGUAGAAAAUCAAUACACCACUAUUGAUUUACAAAACGAAACUUCUGUGUACGGACUUGUUAAAGAAGUUGACUGUGAUAUGAACGUGACCUUAUGCGAUGUUACUGUUACUGAUCCAAACGGUCAACGAUAUUCUUGUGAUAAUUUUUUUUUAAAAUCAAGAUUGAUACGUUAUGUUCAUUUAUCUCAAACAGUUGAUGUAUUUCAAGCUAUGAAAGAAGUAAUUAGAAAAACUUUUCCUCGUAGAGUUAAGAAACCAACAGCUUAUUCCUUGAAGAGAAAGAAAGUAAUGGCUAGACAAGAAAAACUUAAAAGGGAAGUACAAAAUAUGAAUAAAGAAGGCUCUAAAUCCUAGUUACGAUGGAUGCACAACUGCUGAACUAUUUACUAUGCAAUACAAUUAAUAUACUCUGUAUUGUUUAUACCUGCAUUGAAACGAGUACGCCAAUCAGAACUAUGAAAUUCAUCUUUGAUUAGUUUCCAAAAAAUAUCACUGCCGCAUGGCAAUGAUACACAAUGAAGCAUAACAGGUAUAGCUACUUCACAAAGAUGAGAUUUAAUCCCUUCUAUACAGUCCCAAAUGCUAAAAACAAAAUAAUUAAUAUAAAAAUUAAUCAAAUGAUUCAAAUCUCAAUUAUUUAUUUACAUAACACUAAUUUUAGUUAUCUCCAUUCUGUAUUUAUUGAAAAGGUAUUAUAAAUUAUACCUUUUUAUAUCUGUUAUAUUCUAAAGCUAUAAAAAUGGACAGCUUUAAAAAUGUAUCCAAAGUUGCUUUUUAAAAUAAAUAUGUUUUUGAGCCAGGUAGGUACAGAUAUUUUAUUUUCUAACCAAUUUUGUGUAGGGCCUUGUUUAUAAUUCUCACCAUAGAAACUAAUAAAAUGUAAAAAUUACCUAAUUUCCACUAUGUGUAUACCAUUAAUGGUUACUUAUUUAAUAUUUUGUAUAUUAUUUAAAAUAAAGUUAAUAAAUAUGGUUCUUUGUAUGGUAAAAGUUAUGGCUCAUAUAAGUAAUAUGUGCUUACUAUAUUUAUUUAUUUAUUUAUUUAUUAAUUAAUUCACGGAAUAUUAAUAAUAACAUGUAGUAAACAGUAUUUCAGUUAAAUUAAACUUUAAAUAC